CCAACUUGUAAAACCGUUUAUUUGAACUUUGUAAUUGCUUUGUAAAGUAAGUUUUUGUAGAAAAUAAUAAUACGAGUAUUAAUAAUUAUUUAAAUGUAAUUACUAUGUACCGCUUGUCGUGUUUAUUCACCAAUGAUUAUAGUGUUAGUGCCGAGAUACGUGUUUUGUUCAAAAUUGAUAUAGUUGUGAAUUUGUGACAAACCGUAGUAAACGCUGUAUGAGCUUCCUUGUAACGGCUCUCAUUUAACUUUUAUAUCGAAUGAUUCCAUAAAACAUUUACCUUGUGGAAAAGUAAUAACCAUGGGGAAAGACGGCGAGGAAAUAUUAAUCGGUCGAAUUGACGAUUGCGACUCAGAUGUUCGCAAGACGGCUCAGGAAAUGGAUAUAAUUAGGCAUAGAACAAUAGCAUAUGAAUAUUUAUGUCGCUUGGAAGAAGCAAAGACAUGGAUGGAGGCAUGUCUUAAUGAGGAAUUGCCACCUGUGAUCGAAUUUGAGGAGAGCUUACGAAAUGGUGUUUAUUUGGCGAAAUUAGGACACUUUAUUGCACCAGACUUAUUACCACUCAAUAAAAUAUAUGAUAUUGAUCAAAAACGUUUUAAGUUCAUGGGCUUGCAAUUUAAACAUACCGAUAAUAUUAACAUGUUUCUACAAGUUUUAAAGAGGACUGAGUUACCUUGUACUUUCCAACCUGAAACUACUGACAUUUAUGAUAAUAAAAAUAUGCCAAGAGUAAUUUACUGUUUACAUGCCUUGAGCUCCCAUUUAUUUAAACUUGGAAAAGCACCAUUAAUUCGAGAUGUCUUUGGCAAAGCUGUUUUUACAGAUGAAGAAUUGGAUUCAAUAACAAAGGAUUUGCAAAAGUGCAAGCAUCCCCUUCCAGCAUUUCAAAAGAUUGGUGGACUCUUGUCCAAUAAUAGUGACAAUGAUAAAAAUGCUGUACAAACUGCUCUAAUUGAGCUGAACAAUAUGCUGGACACAGAAAAAUCCAUCACACCUGCCCUUUUGAAUCCCAAAUUGAAAAUAAAAUACCUUCAAAAUUACUUAAUGGAUGAAUAUAAAGCUGCACUGAAAAAAGCUAAAUGUCAAAAGGAAGAAGUGGCCCAUAACCAUUCUAUGAAUGACAGCUACGUACCUGAUGAAUAUGAUGAUAUACUUACACUUGCAGAAGUCCAGGGGCACAUUACUGCCACUAAUUACAAAUACUUUUGGAAAUCACUCUGUACAGCUUCUAAAAAUAAUGACACAAGCAAAUUGCAAAAAAUAUUCAAUGAAGACUGCAUAAAGAUAAAAAAUUACAAUCCUAAUAAUUUAGAUUUCUACUGUGAUGUUAUUCAAGACAUCCUGAAAAAUUGCAAAGACAUUGACAUUGAUAAUAUAGGAAAUUGGCAAAAGAUUUUUCAGAAUAUCAUCAAUGAUGGGAAUUUGAAAGCGGCUGACCAUAAUGAUCACAAGAAAGCUAUAGCACUGGUGAAUGAGGCAUUGGAUGUAGGGACUCCGGAUGAUCUCUUCAACGCAUUGACUAGUCCUCAGUUGGGACUGAAUUUUAGGAUCGACGAAUUUGCUGCACCGCUUCUAUUUGAAGAAAUGAGAUUGGAGAAGUGUGAGCUAGACAAAAAUCUAAAUGAGAGUGAGAUAGCUUCAACUGCUUUAUCUCUUAUGAAUAUAGCAGCAGUAUCGGAAGCAGUCGAACGUGGCGACGAGAUGGCGGUAUGGAAGGCAUUAAAUGCUAAGAAAAUUCAGUUGACAGGACUCCGAGCUCACUGCCGCCGCCGCUACUUCUCAGCUCUGGUGUCUGCAAUGCAAGUAAAAGUGAGAGAAGGGUGUGAAUGCACCUUACUAACACUUGAAGAUAUUAGAGACACUGUGGACAUGGUUAAUAUGAAAGAUGAUGAUAAUGAUGAACUUGUAGAAGUUAUAGAUAAUAUCAACAAGGCAGUGACUGAUGGGGAAGUUAACUCUCUAAUAACGUUAUUAAAGAAUCCUUGUUUAAAAUUACCUAUGGCACUGCAUAAAGAAGAAUAUCAUUUGUAUAUGAGAACAUUGAAGAAAGUUUUGCAGCAAAAGGAGUCACAAAAUCUUUGGUACGAAGAUAUAAUCAAUGCAAUAAAAGAUGUCAACAUUGAGUCAUCAAAGGCAAAGGAACUAACCGACAUAAUUGUUCAAUUAAAUUCUUCUAUACUCAAAAAUGACACAAAAGGAUUUUGGGAUGCACUAUCAUCUUCUGCUCUCUCUGAAUCUGCUUUCAUAGACAGCUCCUGUAAGGAUGUAUAUUUUCAAAUGUUCUCAAGAGCACUAAAGAAAAAGGGGCAUCAUAUUUGCCCAUGGAUUGUAUGUCACACUGAUGCUGGCAACACUUUGUAUAUUGAUGUAGAGUCCUACUCCUACAGUUGGACUACACCAAAGGACUUUGUUCCGUAUGCUCGCUAUUUAACCAAAAAGGAUAUAAAUGUUGUCAUUGAGAAAACAAAUAAACACCACAUUAAUGCUUAUAAACAGAAGUUAUUCGAGAAAUCUGUCACAGUAUUCCAAGCACAUUGUAGGGGAUACCUGCUAAGAAAAUUAUUUAGCCGGCAUCAGUAUUUACAAGCUAAUGAGAAGUAUGUCGUUAAAAUUCAAUCGUGGUGGCGUAAAAUUCUGGUGAAAAGAAAAUAUAGCACACUCAUCAAAAUGAAAGCUAUUGAAGCCAAACUAAAACGAGAGAGGAAACAGAAUCCCAUGGUCUGGUAUAAAGUACAGGAGCAUAAGAUUAUAAAAAUUCAAGCGCUCUGGAGAGGAAGACGUGCGCGCAACGCUUUCACGUCCUUAAUCCAUUCUCCCAAUCCACCUCUUAAGAUUGUUAAAAAGUUUAUUCCCAUGCUUGACUUUUCCACCGAAGAUUACGAUAGAGAAAUAGAACUGCAAUCCCUUAAAUCUGAGGUGGUCCAGUCUAUUCGAAAAAAUCAGGAGCUGUCCAAACAAAUCGAUAACAUGGAUUUGAAAAUUGGAUUGCUCGUUCAAAAUCGGAUAGCCUUACAGGACGUCGCCGCUCAUGGCUUAAAAUUAAAUAAUUUGGUAAAACAUAACUCAAUGACGAAUUUAGUUUUAAAUCGCGAUGGAAAAGGGCCUCUGAUGACUGUAACCACAGCUGUAAAGGGCUUAAAAUCCUUAACCAAAGAGAGCAAACGACUGCUAGAUGGAUACCAGCAUCUGUUUUACGAAUUGCAGACCAAUCCUACAUACCUUUCCAAACUAUUAUUUUGCAUCCCACAGAACAAGACUAAUUCGUUCCUUCAAAACGUAGUGCUGAGUCUCUACAAUUUUGGAGCUUACGCCCGAGACGAGUAUUUACUGUUAAAAUUGUUCAGGUUUACCUUAGAAGAGGAAAUAAGUUGUAAAGUUUCAAAGCCUUUCGAUAUCAUUUCAUCUACUCCUCUCGUUUUGAAAAUGGCUGUGAGUCUAACAAGACAGUUGUCAGGAUUAAACAGUCUUCAGACUAUUAUCGGGCCAUUGGUUGAAAAGAUUUUAAAGGACAAAGAAUUAAAUAUAGAGACUGGACCUGUCGAAAUUUAUAAGGCCUGGAGGAAUGAAACUGAAAUGAAAACUGGCCAAAUAUCGAAUUUACCAUAUUCAGUAACAGUGGAGGAAGCUUUACAAUAUCCUGAGGUAAAAUCAAGAUUGGAGAAGGCAUUGUCUCAAUUAAAGUCAGUGGUGAUCAUGUUCCUGGAUAAAAUUACGAAUUCAAUUGAACUGAUACCAUUUUGUAUAACAUACAUGGCGCGAGUGUUACACCGUUGUCUCACAUCGAAGUUUCCUUAUACACCAGAAAAAGAUGUCUUGAAGGUUAUUGGUAACCUGGUAUACUAUCAGUUCCUUAACGCGGCGAUAGUGGCGCCUGACGCUUUUCACAUCAUCAACAUGGCAAACGGAGCCAGCCUCACAACAGAUCAACGGAAGAAUCUCGCUUCUGUCGCCAAAAUUUUACACUUCUCAGCUGCAAAGAAAGGAUUUGGUGAAGAAUCGAGUCACCUUCGCUGUCUCAAUCCCUUCAUCAUUGAAUGCCAUGAGAAGAUGAAGGAGCUAUUCAGCAAGUGCUGCCGAGGGCCUACGCUUGAGGAAUAUUUCGCCGUCGACGAGUAUACUGAAGCAACGCUGCUGGACCACCCGCAUAUUUAUAUCACUGUACAGGAAAUUGUGGACACACACGCGUUGCUAAUCGAGUACCAAGACAUAUUAGCGUCUGAUCCGAACGACAGGCUAAAUAUAUUGCUGGACGACUUGGGAGAAGUGCCCUCUGUAGCUCAACUGGCGUCGCGAGAUGUGACAAUGCAGGUAGGAGAGGCGGAGGAAAACGCAAGGUUGGAAGUGUGUCUGGCGCUAGUCAACAAGUUCCAAGCUCCGGCCGACGAUAUGACGGAUCUAAACAAGCUAUUCAUAAAGACCAAAGAACUUUGUGUGGCGAUUAUUCCAUUUUUGAAUGGUGAGCAUCUAUUAGAAGCUCUAUGCAUAGGCACGACAAAAGAGCAGCAAGACCAAUACAGCGAGAAGGUUAAAAGACGGAUUUAUUCCGGCCAAGCGAAGCCCGACGAAGUCAUGACGUUGAGGGAACAUAUCGCGAAACUACGAAAAAACUUACAAUUACUCGAAGAAGAGGGCUAUGUAACUAGAGAGGAUGGUUACCAGGCUGUUGUCACAUCUAUAGCACUAGAUCUAUGCAAUAAGGGCAAGUACAGACAGGCGCAAAGAAGAGCCUUAUCGACACUGAUACGGACCAAACAGAGCUUGCAGGAGAAGACGAAGUAUUAUGAGGAGAAAUGUAAAUCGUACAACGAGUAUAUAAAGUCGUGCCUGGACAAUUUGCAUACUGGAAAAAAAAGUGUUCAUGCUUGUCUAAGGCGAUCGGGGAAGGAUGUGCAAAAACUGAAAUCAAAACUAACAGUGAAAUACUCCGGCUCGAAGCUACUAGAAAGAGGCGUUUUGCUGGAAAUAGACGGACUCUCGAAUUCACAACUGAAAAACGUACAGUUUGAAAUUACACCUACGAAUACCAACGGCGUGUUCACAGUGAAGGGGAAGUUUAUGGGUGUCGAAAUGGAAUCUAUAGAAGUGGACAUACAGGAUCUACUGCAGAAACAGUAUGAGGGCUGCACCAUAAUGGACAUGUUUGGAAAAGCUAAAAUUAAUGUUAAUUUGCUAAUUUUCUUGUUGAACAGCAAGUUUUAUGGUAAAUGAUGUGGAAAAUAAUGUCAUUUGUAUUGUUCGUAAUGUUGUUUUCAAAAUUGAGUACUUACUUAAGUAGUAUACAGUACAAUCUGCCCAUGGUGUCGACAGAAAAGUCGCUUACUAUACUUCAUCAUAUUUAAGACCCAUGAAAUAUUAAACUAAUGAGAUUAUAUUGAUGUCGAAUAACUUUAAAAAGCUCUCUGAAUAAGCUAAUGCUCUCUAUAUUAUGAAUUGAAUAUUUUUUUUGUUGUAUGUUACAAUAAUUAUUUUUGUUUUAUUAAGCAUUUUAAGAUGUCACUCUUAUACUAAUGUCCACUAGACCCAAGGUACACAGGUUUAGAAAGUCAGCAUACAAUGUAAGCAAUAUUUGCAAACAAGCAACAAGUUGAUAUCGCGUUCAAAAUUCCGAAUAGAAAGCUAGUCUGUUAACAAUGAUGAAUGCCAAGAAUACGUAUUCUCACAUUAUUAUACAUCACCUAUAUUAAGUACAAAAUAAGUAUUUUUGACCAAAUAUUUUAAAAUUAUUAGCUUAGGAUUAUACCCAUAAGUAUGUUAUUAAUGUAUUAUUUAAGUUAUAUUUAACUAUGUUUUGAAUGUUAAUUAUUAUAUUUUGUAUGUUCCAAUUUCACUAACGUGUAGGUAUAAUGUGAGAAGUCUUGUUAAAAUAUCAUGACUUCUCAUGUGAAAAAUGAGAGAGAGAAAUCGUACCUGGACGCAAUUAUCAACAAUUUAACUAUAAUAGACGUUCGUGAAAUUGGCAUUUUAAAUCGCAGCUCAGACGACAGACUAUCCGUGAUGCACUUUUUAGUCCGUAACCUAUCCAGUAACACACACGUCUGCGCUGGGCGUCGUGUGCGUUACUGCAUAAAAUUGCAUAGGUUCUAUUUCCACGGACU